AUGUACUCCGUGGAACGUAAGUACCGAAAUAGCAUCAACUGGGUGUGUUCCAAGAACAGCAACAGCGUGCUCCGCUGCCCGGCGAGGUGCGUCACAAAUCGGGAAAGUGUUAACGGCAUCAAGCUGAGCCACCGUCGCCACAAUCACCCGGCGGAUUCCUUUAAGCCACACAAGCGCUGUCGAAAGCGUCACGGGAAUCGCAACAGCAAGUAACCAUGUUCCAGGCGACUUUCAGCAAAGCAUGCAGCUUUCGAACCAGGAUUUGCUAAAUUGUUAGUUACACUAAAUUUAAAUGUAUUAAUUAUAAAUGUAUUCUCAUCGAUGUCAAAUUGUUACAUUUUGGUGAAAUGGAAGCACUGUUCAUUUGGUCUAGGACUUUCACAUAUCCGAAUCGCUUAAAUAAUACUUACCAGCAUGUUACCCAUAAA